AUGUGCGAGGCCGGCGAAGGUACUCUGCUGGAAUCCCUGAAACUGAAGGGGGCCGAUAUUCCACCACAGAGUGAGCAGCAGCAGGAGGAAGAGGGUGAGAGCGAUGACGUAGUUGAGGUCGAUCUUGAGACCAAGGUUAAAGAUCUAUCGGCGGAGCAGGCUGUCCAAGCUGCCCAGAUCAACAGCCUUUCGGAAGACAUGGAUAAUCUGAAAGACUCGGUUUUUAAGGGUGGGGAGGGAAUCGUCAAACUAACGGUGUCUGUGUCAUCACUGUUUACCGCCUUUCAGCAGCUGGCUGUACAUGCAGGGUUCAAGCUGCCGAUGGCUACCCUGAAGGGUUUGAACAGGCCUGAAGCCGGCGACUCCACUGCUGCUGUAGUAGCUUCUGGUACAACAAGAGGUGCUCUUCAGACCUCUGCUGUUGCUCCGUCACUUGCGCGUAGACCACUUUUCGGCCAGAUUCCAGGGUUCGUGCAAGCCCAGGGAGCCACAUCCGGUGCACAGAGGUCUAGGGCGGGUGACACAGGUCCCGCAGCCGGCGCUUCAUCCUCCGCGGCUGAUCAGGUGGGUGCUGCAGCAUGUGUUACUACAGCAGCAGCAGAUCAGCCAGGUGCCUCUGUCUGUGCUCCUCCUGCUGGAGCGGGUCAGCUAGGUGCCUAUGCUGGUGCUCCACCACCUGGAGCGGUUCAGCCAGGCUCCUCUGCCGGUGCUCUUCCAGCUGGAGCGCGUCUGCCAGGUGCAGCAGCCGUCGUUUCACAACCAGCCGCGGGUCAGCCAGGAGCGGGGGUGUUUGCUCCACAGGCAGGUGGUGUUCAGCCUGGAGCAUCUGCACAUGUCGCGCCAGCAGGGCCUAGUGGCCAUGCUCUGCAUCGUCCCAACUUGCUCUUCCACGGAUCAGGACAUCCAACCGCGUCCGUGCAUCUGCCUUUGUCGUCGCACGGCCCCGGUGUGCAGGAACCACCUGCUUUCCUCUUUGCUGCUGAGGCGCUCGACACUGGCAGCAUCCUACCUGGCCACACCUCCUCCGCACCUCGUGGGACUCUACUGAACAUGCCCUCGCAACAGGUUCUGCCCUCCCCAGCCGCCUCCUCAUCCUUCAUGCCAUCGACCCAGGUUGGUGAGGAGGAGGAGGCCGCCAGCAAGGGGUUCACGGGAGUCACAAAGAAGGAAGGGUAA